GGAUGGACUCCACAUCAGCUGCUGAUAACAUAAGGGAAGAUGCUGUGAGCAAGGUUUUGGGAAAAGACAAACCUGGACGAGUAAGGGGCUUUGGUAGAGGGAUUACAGCUAAUAAGCUAGCAUAUCUGCAAUUUAGAGACGCUAAGAUUGCAGAAAUGAAAAGUGAGAUUGAAGAGUUAAAGGGGAUGGUGCGAGAAUUAGCUGAGAAGAAGAAAAGUAAUGUUGAUGCUGAAACAUCUGAGAGUAGUGGUGGAUUCAAAGAAGGAGUCAGAGUACAAAUACUGGAUUGGAUUGAAUCAGAGGAUGUUGUUGUUGGUGAAGGAGAAUUCUGCUCUGCUGAACCGAAGUACAAAAUUGGUCGUAUACCAAUUGGUCCUAAUGCAGUGGCUAUCGUAGUUAAGUAUGCACUAAGCGCAUCAGCUUCACUCUGGAGGCCUACUACGGAUGUGUUAACUCUUGAUGAAGCUGUGGGAUACAAGAUAUCUUGGCCAAUGGAUAAAGUGAUUUUGGAUAAGGAUCCAAACUGUUCUGAAGAUUUAUCUAUGCAAAGCAAGGAAGGUGAAUAUCGAAGAUGCAAGAUAUAUGAUUGGACCAAUGAUGGGGACGAGGUCAUUGCUGAAGGUCUCGUGUGCUCUUCAAAAUCCAAAGACAUGGUUAACAACAUACCUCUGGGUCCCAAUGCUGUUAGUGUCGAAGUAGUGAAGGUGUUCAAUGAUCAAGCAUAUUUGUGGAGGCCAACCGCUGAUAUGUUCUUGAUUGGUGAUGCACUUAGCGAGAAAAUAGCAUGGCCAGUCCUAAAGGUUGAAGUCAUGCCUACACCUGCUACAGAAGUAACACCAACUAAAUGUGCAGGGAAGAAAAUAGCAUCACCUUCGAAGCCAGCCAAGAAAAAAGCAGUGAGUCCAGGCAGCACUAGUUCGACCAGAAGUCCGAAGCAGAAGUGCACUCUCUUGGAUUGCAACAACUCUGGACGUAAGGUAGCUGAAGGAAGGGUAGCUUCAACGGAUCCGAAUGAGUUGUGCCACUUUGUACCCCUAGGUCCAAAUGCAAGCAAUGUGUGGAUUGAUGUGGCUAAGAUCGGUGAUGCAAAAGUCUGGAGGCCAAAUUCAGAGAUUGAAUACAUAUCUGAUGCAAUGGGUUCGGUUGUGGCAUGGCCAAAUGACAAAAUCAAGUUUGUCUAAAAUUGUCGUCUGAAACAUUUUUCAAGUUGGUUCUCAUCGGCUAUGUAUUUCUAGUGUGUGAUCGAAUGUUUAUGUACUUUUUUACUCGGUUGAAAUCAUGUAUGAUAUUAUGUAACAGUUAGCAGACAAAAAAACAAAAAUUAUGUGUUAUAUUAUGAUAUAAGGUUAUGUGUUUAUAUUAAACCAUAAGCUUUAAAAAUUAAAUCCACAGACGGUAAGACCAAAAAUUAAAAUCCUAUACCCUAAAGUGAAAUCCCUAAACCCUAAAGUACAAACCUAUACCCUAUACCCUAAUUGUACUUGAUUUCACAAUUUUGUUCAUUCUUAAAAGGAUAUUGUAAUCUUAAUUUCACAAAACUGAUUAGUUAUAAAUUUUAUAAACACUCAUUUGUUCAAACCCUAUACCCUAAGCCUUUGUACAUACAAAUAAGUAGUAGUGUUUAUGAACAUAUGAGCUAGAUUGAUCAAUCUUAUAAAAGCUCUCAUAAAAAAUUUAUAUUCAUACAAUUUUUUUUUUGUAAAAUUGGAAAACUGAAUAUUUGAUUUUUAAGAUUUAAUUUAAUUUUUUUUUGCUUCAAAAUCAUAUUUAUAUAUUAAUUUCCAGAUUUCAAACGAAAUUAAUACCUUGAGCCAAUAAGGAGUAACCUCCAAGAUUGCAGACGUGGCAAACCAUAUGCCGAUGGAUGUGUCUUCCCAACUUCAAU